CCCAGCAAAGCCAAGUGCAGAGGAGGCAGCGGCGGCUCAUGUUGCUCAGUGACACACACACACCGCUACUGCUACUGUUGCCUCCUCUCCGGGACUCUGCUCCUCCCGCGCUACCUUUGCCACAGAAGAUGCUCAGCCCCUGGGGUCCCGCUUCAGCCUCUCGGCCGCCCGGAUUGACCCCGCUCCUGCUGCUCCUCCUCAUGACACUGACUGACCAUUGCUCUGCCUUUAACCUGGACGUGGACAAAGUGACAGUGUACAGCGGCCCCCCGGCCAGUUACUUUGGAUACUCUGUGGACUUCUACUUGCCCGACUCCGCCAAACCCAGUGUUCUCAUUGGAGCGCCCAAAGCCAAUACCUCCCAGCCGCAGAUAGUGGAAGGAGGGGCUGUGUAUUACUGUCCCUUCCCGGAUACCCCGGCUACUGGAUGCAAGCAGAUUCCUUUUGAUAUCACAAACAACAGGAACAUCAGGUUAAAUGGAACCAAACAGCCUGUUGAAUUCAAGUCGAACCAGUGGUUUGGUGCAACCAUCAGGGCCCAUAAGGAAAAAGUUGUGGCUUGUGCCCCACUGUAUCACUGGAGAAGUGUCAAGCCCGUGUCAGAAAAGGAUCCUGUUGGCACUUGCUACAUUGCCAUUCAGAAUUUCAGUGCUUAUGCCGAAUACUCUCCUUGCCGUAGUGACCUUGCUGAUCCUGCAGGACAAGGCUUCUGUCAAGCUGGCUUCAGUUUGGAUUUUUAUAAGAAUGGAGACUUGGCAUUGGGAGGACCUGGUAGUUUUUACUGGCAAGGACAAGUGUUUACAACCAGUAUAGCAGACAUAAUUAAAGACUAUUCCUUCAGGAACAUUAUAAGGAAGAUAACGGGUGAGAAACAGACAGAAAUGGCACAAUCUGUCUAUGAUGACAGCUACUUAGGAUACUCUGUGGCUGUUGGCGAAUUUACUGGCGAUUCAGAGCAAGAGGUGGUUGCCGGAGUUCCAAGGGGAGCACAAAACUUUGGAUAUGUCUCUAUCAUUAAUUCAACGGACAUGACCUUCAUUCAGAACUUUACAGGUGAUCAGAUGGCCUCUUACUUUGGAUACACUGUUGCUGUGUCAGAUGUAAACAAUGACGGUUUGGAUGAUAUCUUAGUCGGAGCCCCACUUUUCAUGGAUCGGGAAUUCAAGAGCAACCCAAGGGAAGUUGGAAAAGUCUUCUUGUACCUGCAAGAAAGCCCCCUUGAAUUUAGAGACCCUCAAGUACUGAAAGGCACUGAAGUCUUUGGGAGAUUUGGUAGCGCUAUCGCACAUUUAGGUGAUCUAAAUCAAGAUGGAUACAAUGACAUUGCCGUUGGCUCGCCAUUUGCGGGGGAAGACAGAAAAGGCCGAGUGUUUAUCUACAAUGGGAACGGCAAUGGGUUAAACACAGAUACCUCCCAGAUACUUGAAGGAGCUUGGGCCUCACAGUCAAUGCCUGCAGGAUUUGGCUUUACUCUAAGAGGCGAUUCAGACAUAGACAAAAACGAUUACCCAGAUCUUAUUGUAGGAGCUUUUGGAGCAGGAAAAGCUGUUGUUUAUAGGGCAAGACCAGUGAUCACUGUUGAUGCUCAACUUUUGCUCCACCCUAUGAUACUGAACCCAGAGAAUAAAACCUGCCAGCUCCCAAAUUCUGAAAUUCUGGUGACUUGUUUUAGUGUAAGAGUAUGUGUAACUGUGUCCGGACAAAGCAUCCCCUCAAAUAUUGUUUUGAAAGCUGACCUUGAACAGGAUUGGUUAAAACAGAAAGGUGCUGUGAAAAGAACGCUUUUUAUGGAAUCACACCAGGCCCACCAUUCUUUUGAUCUGAUCAUCGAAAAACAAAGACUAUCACAGUGCUUGGACUUCCUUGUUUAUCUCAGAGAAGAAAGUGAAUUCCGUGAUAAACUUACUCCAAUCAGUGUCAACUUAAAUUAUAGUUUGGAUGAAUCAGCUUAUCUGGGUGACCAGGAAUUGAAACCGAUCCUCAAUCGUUACAAGGAAGCAACUAUUCAAGAACAGGCGCACAUUCUGGUGGACUGUGGAGAAGACAACAUGUGCAUUCCUGAUCUCAAGCUCUCGGCCAGACCGGACAAGAAUCAGCUUGUCAUUGGAGAAGAGAACCAUAUUCUGUUCAUCAUAAACACAGGAAACCAAGGUGAAGGAGCUUAUGAAGCUGAGCUGAACAUGAUUAUCCCACCAGAAGCUGAUUAUGUUGGCAUUGAACGCAAUAUGGAGGGACUUCGGCAACUCAACUGUGAGUAUAAAAUGGAAAACGAAUCUCGACUGGUGGUGUGCGAUCUUGGCAACCCUAUGGUGGCUGGAACAAAUCUGUCUGUUGGUCUGAGAUUCGUUGUACAGCGAUUAGAAACUGUAGAUGCCAUACCAUUUGAUCUCUACAUGAAAAGUUCCAACAAGGACAAUCCGAACAGUAACCAUGUCAGCUUGCAAAUUAACAUAACCGCUGUGGCCCAAGUAGAAAUUAGAGGAGUGUCCCAACCUCCUCAGAUCAUUCUACCCAUUCCUAACUGGGAGCCAAAGAAGAAGCCUACUGAAGAAAAGGAAGUUGGGCCGUUAGUGCAGCAUAUAUAUGAGCUGCAUAACAUUGGCCCAAGUGCUAUAAGUGAAACACAGCUGAGUGUGGGCUGGCCUUCUCAAAGUCGAGAUGAGUUCCUCCUCUAUGUAUUUCACAUUCAGACUGAGGGUCCCCUGAAGUGCCAGACAAGAGGUGCUAUUAACACCUUACAUAUAACACCAAGUGAACCCGAAGAUACCCCUGAGCUUGCUUCUUUUCUGCGGAAUAUCAGUGUAUCUCAUGCAGUGAGUCGCCGGGAUGUAGCUGUGGCAGAGGCUUUAAGGCACGUCCCUACACCGACAAAGCUACUGAAUUGCACUAAUGUGAAGUGUUUAACGAUAUCCUGCAAAGUCGGGCACUUAGAUGGAGGUCAGCGGGCGGUGGUAAAAAUCCGGUCUCGUCUGUGGGCUCCAACAUUCUUACAGAGAAAAAAUGAUUAUUACUCACUUAUUGCCAAUGUUUCAUUUGAAGUCAAGAAGAUGCCUUAUAACAUUCAACCAGCCAAACUGCCAUCUGCGUCCAUAACGAUAAAAACUUCUGUGAUCUGGGCCACUCCAAACAUCUCAUUUGCUAUCCCUCUUUGGGUCAUCAUAUUGGCUAUACUCCUUGGUUUACUAGUUCUUGCCAUUCUGACACUGGUUAUGUGGAAGUGCGGUUUCUUUGACAGAGCAAGGCCCCCACCAGAUGACGUUGCUGAUGACACUCAACAGUUAACAAACAAGACAGCAGAAGCAUGAAGUCACAUGAAGAAAUCUAAAUCUGGAGACAAAUAAGUUCUUUUUGAGUAAUAUCAUGAGAUUGAGUUGGGCCUGAUGAAGGUUAUGAAAGAAAACUGACUUAUACUCCUGCAACAACAAACGGAAUUUUACUUGAAUCCUUUGGAGUUUUGUUUGGAUGCUUUUGUACCUUCUACACAUUUGGUGAGAUGAUUGACUUUAAGUAAAAAAACACAAUGAGGCAGUGCCUACAUUACUGUCUUCCUAGGUCUAUCCAAGUCCACAGCUUCUACGGUUCUUUAAAGACUUUCCCUGGAGAAGACGCACCUCUUGAAUUUUGCAGUGGCAGAACGUUUGGAAAUGUCUGUGAAUAUUAAUUUUUAAAAACUGUGGUAAGACUUUCGAAAUGAAGUACAGGCCAUUAUUUCUUCCCUCAGAUAAUAACAGAGUUAUCAGUUUGCCAUUGUUCUUCUAAUGCUACAACAUGCAGAAAGGAACCGACUCUCUAUUUUAUGUGUAUGGACAAUGCACAGGCCACAGCAUUCUGGAUGUUAGCAAUAUUUAAGGAUGAGACUGAAAGUAAAAAAAAAUAAAACAUUGUAGUGCACUUUGCUGUGCAGACGUAGGACCCCAUUGCCGUGCCUUUACACCAGGAGAGUGUGUUUUUAUAGAUACCUGAACUACACAUUUUUAUAACUACAAUUGACUGGUAAAUAUUUCUAAGAAGAAGGUUGAACAAUCAUUGUGUUUUGAGUGGCCAUCUAUAUACAACUGUAAAUUUAAAUUAUUUUUUGUUGAAUGCGUCGGACAAUGAUUUUGAUUUUCCACUGCCAUUUUCCAUGUCUUAUUUUUGACCGUCACCCAAAUCAGCUUCAUCGAAAUCACAUCAUAAGACUUUUUAAAACUGUCUCAUAGGGGGUUAUUUACUAACGUUUGAAUUUUUAAAAAAAUUACGAAUUUUUCAGAACUUAUUAAACCCAGAGG